UUCACAGCACCGUUCAAGCAACACACACAAAAAAUGCUGGUGAACGCAGCAGGCCAGGCAGCAUCUAUAGGAAGAGAAAACAAUGGCCAUGAAGUCUUCAAUAUCAGUUGGAGAGAUGGCUUUUGACUGGUGCAGGAUGCCCUCGGAAUGUUACCUGCGGCACUGCCACCUUGCCUUUAUACACGUGUUUGAUGAGCUGCUCUUCAGACAACAGCACGAGCCAACACGUUACCUCAGGUGGGCCCAGGAAGGACUGCUGCUCAGUCAGAAAGUCAGGAAUUGCAAGGAUGAAGCAGUGGAUUUAACUGUAAUUGAGACAAUGGAAGUCUUCUGGACACUCUAUGCUGAGGUGAAGAAGAAGUGUAAUCAGAAUGGGUUUGUUGCUGCCCUCUUGAAGACCUUUGAACAAGCAAAGGAUAAUGUUGACCUGAAGGAGAUCAUCUGCUGUACCAAGCCUUUAUUAAAGCAAAUUCCAAUUAGCAACAUAGCCCCUCAUUGGACAGACCUACAGAGGAACACUGCUCUCACGAUACUACUAGCUCACUUUGCAGAUUAUAUAAAGAAAUUUGCUGAUGAGGGGGAUUCUCUGCUAAAUGAUUUUGAACGAAAUUGUGAAUGCAAUAACCAGAAGAUUACGCAUCUUCAGUGGAAAGGUGAAGACGAGGUGAGCAUCAGUGAAUUCACAGCUGCCAUCCUCACAUACAGCAAAGCUGUGGAAACAAGUCCAUAUAAUCAUCACUUGUAUUGUCGACGGGCCUACUGCUACCUGCAGCUGAGUGAUCACCGAACUGCCAUCUUGGACAGCAUCAGAGCCACGGUCCUGAAGCCAGAUUAUUUCAAGGGCCAUUACUUCUGUGCUAAAGGUCUCUUGUCAGCAGGCUACCCGGACUAUGCUUUGGUAGUGAACAGGAGAGGCAUUGACCUGUGUCUGGUCGGAGGCAGUGACAUCACUGUACUGCAGGAACAACGAAGUGAAAUUCAGGAAGAAAUUAAGAAAAAAGAUAACUGCGAAACAACACAAGAGGAGCACAGUUCAUGUAAAAAAGCAAUGGUUGUCGGUGGCGAUGACAACUCAGUGCCCAGGCCAGGUUCAGAUACAGACAUAGAGUCUUUGGAAGGUGAAGGGUCUGCUGGCAAUGCCAGAAGGGAGAAAUUCCAGGCAGCUUGGGAGAACCCGAUUGAAAAGAACUGCAAGGUUUUCGAUGAGCUCCCUGAAGAAUCUGACACAAGUAUUGAAAGUCAGAAGUCGGCUCCCAAGACUGAAAAGACAAACUCGUGCGAAGAUGUUCGUCCAGAUUCUAAUGAACAAUAUGAAGAAGAAAAUAGUUCCAGGAAAAUAUCAGAACCAAAAAGUGCAGAUAAGAUAGUCUUUGAUCCUUCCAAGUGUCGUCUGUGGCGAGCAGUGCAUUCGGAGCAGGAGCUGAUCACUCACGGUGUGGAGGAUAUCUCGUUCCUGCUCUAUCGCUUGAAGCUGAAGAAAUUUCUCUCUGAAAUUGACCAGGAAGAGGUGGAGAAGCAGAGCACUGGGCCAUUGAAGCUUGAUGCCCUGCUUCGAAUCGUGCUGAAAAAGAACUCCAACCUGGAGAUUCGCAAGUUUACGUCUGUGCUAGUCGCUAUCGAUGGACUGAAGCCGGAACUUUCCAAAUGGGUCCAGAAUCUGGAGGAAAUGGGCAACAGUUGUGCUGACAGUUUCCUGUACCUGUACCUGGAGGUUUUGGCAGAACCACUGAAUGGCAUCCCUUUAAGGGACCUUAUUUAUAGUCUGCAGAACCGAAAUAUUCUGACCGAUGUGGAGAAUGACCUGCUGAUGAAGACCUCCCCCGUACACAGAGGCCAGAGGCUGCUGGAGGUCAUUGUCUACAUGAAGUCGGCUGCUGAGAAGGCUGAGUUUGUUUUCCUUUUGGAAGAAGAGCGCAGAUCCUUCCCGACGCUGAAAAAAUGUCUGGAUGAGUUCCAACAGGAAUUUGAAAAACUGCGUGAUGGUUACAUACCUCGCUUCAAAAGAUACAUGCCGCUUAAGAGACUGCGAAGGCGUGAGGAUCUCCCAGCGGAAGAGCGAAACUCUUACUGUAACUUCUUCCGGCUGAUGUACCUCAUUAUCUUGGAGGGGACACGGAUAGCACAGAAGGUUUUUGCCGAGCGUGUGCCCCCCAGUGACCUGCAGGCAGAAAUUCGGAAGCUGAAGAAAACGGAACUGCACCGGUACUUCAGGGAAUAUCAGGCAACCUUUGCCUCCCACUCUGACUGGGCAUUGCUAUAUCCGCUGAAGACUUCCCGCCUGGAGUUCCAGAAGUACGAUAUCACACUUAUCGUCUUUCUGAUGAUGCACGUCAAGUCCUUCCCCGCGCCGAGAAAAGGCUGGCGGACAGAGCCCCCCACAGAUGACCACUCCAAGCCUGCCAGCCUCCUGCGACUGCUGUACUUGCGGAGGCGGCUAGUGCUGAGGGAUGGUUACCUCGGUGUGCCAGAAGAGGAGUUCCUGGUGAUUUGGAGCGAGGCGAAGCAGUGUCUCUGCCGCCUCGGGAAGGACCCUGAGGAGAUUGAGGACAUCAUGUUCACGCCAGGUUACGUGCUCUGGAAGGAUUAUAAGCUGAUCUCUGAACUCAUGGGGAGGCAGUGCUCGGAGUUGACCGGACAGUACAUGAUGGCAAUGAAAGCUCACCUACAGUCGAAGACCAAGGAACCGAUGAAGAUGGGAGAAUCCAAAUUGGAGCCUCCUCCAGGACGGAAAGAGAAUCCCACAUUGCCAACAGGCACAGCCACUCCUGAUGGGAAGAAAGGGAAAGAGACAGAGGCAGAGAAAGAGACAGAGGCUGGCAGAGAGGGAGAGAUUGCACCAGCUCAGGAUGCCACGGAGGAGGAUAGCUCGCUUUUGUUUCAAGUGACUGCGAAAGGCGAGGGGAGCUCACAGCCAUCUGGGACACAGAGUGCGAACGAUCCCCAGAGAUACAGCCGGAAGAAAAAGAAGAAAAAGACUAAGGGAAAAAAGAAGUCAGCAAUUCCUGUUGAGAACGUUAGUGAGAAGGAUGUGGAGAGCACUGCAGAUGAGGAGAGGGAUGAGGACGUUUCCCAGGCAUCGCAUCAGGAAGUCCAAACGAAGAAUGAGUUUGCAGAACUGGAGGCCACAGCACGACGCUGGCAGCUGCUCUAUGAGGAGAAGAGUUCCCAGUACGAGCAGCUACUGAAACGACAGAGCAAGACGCUGGAGAGCUGUAAGCAACAAACAGCAGAGGUGCAAAGGCUGAAGCAGGAAAUUGAGAAUGAGCGGAAAGUUCAGCAAAAUGACAAGAAAGUUCUUCAGAGCCAGAUCAAGAAUUUACAGGAGGUGCUCCAGAGCAAAGAGGAGCUGCUCAAAAAGUUGGAGAAGCAGAUCCAGGGACAACAACAGGAACUGGAGAACCAGAAGAAACAAGGCCAGCAAGAACAAGAACAAUGGGCACAGGAGAAGUCUCAGCUGGAGAGACAGUCAGCGAAAAGCAAGGAUGAGUUCAUUGAAGCCAUGAGAAGAGCAAUGGCUGCAGAGGUCCAGGUCCUGGAAUGUAGGCGGGACAAAGGAACAGCUUUUCUCGAGCAGGCUGCCAAGGAAGGAGAGGUUAAACUGUCUGGCUUGAGACAAAAUCUCCUGAGUGGGCCUGCAAUGCAGAUCGAUGUCAAAGCCGCCAUAAUGGCAUAUGAAAUGGUGCUUGCUGACAUCAAGUCAAAAAUACAUCAAACAGUGGUGAGUAGUUGA